AUCCAGAGUGUGUGUGAAACAAUGGUACCCAAACUUAUUGCAGAAGACAUCCCAUUGCUGUUCAGUCUCUUGUCUGAUGUAUUCCCUGGAGUACAGUAUCACUGUGGUGAAAUGACAGCCCUGCGAGAGGAGCUUAAGAAAGUGUGUCAGGAAAUGUACCUUACAUAUGGUGAUGGAGAAGAAGUUGGUGGCAUGUGGGUCGAAAAGGUUCUUCAGCUCUAUCAAAUUACCCAGAUCAAUCAUGGGUUGAUGAUGGUGGGUCCUUCUGGAAGUGGAAAGAGCAUGGCUUGGAGAGUGCUGCUAAAAGCCCUGGAGCGGCUAGAGGGUGUAGAAGGUGUUGCUCACAUCAUUGAUCCAAAAGCAAUCAGCAAAGAUCACCUCUAUGGUACUUUGGAUCCAAAUACCAGAGAAUGGACAGAUGGAUUGUUUACACAUGUCCUGAGAAAGAUCAUAGACAAUGUGAGAGGUGAAUUGCAAAAACGACAGUGGAUCAUCUUUGAUGGGGAUGUAGAUCCUGAAUGGGUGGAGAACUUAAACUCCGUGUUGGAUGACAACAAACUGCUGACUCUGCCCAAUGGAGAACGUCUCAGCCUUCCACCAAAUGUGCGUAUCAUGUUUGAGGUACAGGAUCUGAAAUAUGCUACUCUGGCCACAGUGUCAAGGUGCGGAAUGGUCUGGUUCAGUGAAGAUGUCUUAAGCACUGACAUGAUAUUCAAUAACUUCUUGGCCAGACUACGAAACAUCCCUCUGGAUGAAGGUGAAGAGGAAGCUCAGCGCAGGCGAAAGGGCAAAGAAGAUGAAAGUGAAGAAGCAGCUUCUCCAAUGUUGCAGAUUCAAAGAGAUGCAGCAACAAUUAUGCAGCCCUAUUUCACAUCUAAUGGACUGGUGACUAAAGCUCUUGAACAUGCUUUCAAGUUAGAGCAUAUCAUGGACCUCACUCGCUUGCGCUGUCUUGGUUCAUUGUUCUCUAUGUUGCAUCAGGCUUGCCGCAAUGUAGACCAGUACAAUGCAAACCAUCCCGACUUCCCUAUGCAGAUAGAUCAACUGGAGCGUUAUAUCCAGAGAUACCUGGUCUAUGCAAUACUGUGGUCUCUCUCUGGAGACAGCCGUCUGAAAAUGAGAGCAGAGCUGGGAGAAUACAUUAGGAGAAUCACCACUGUACCAUGGCCCACAGCACCCAACAUACCCAUAAUUGAUUAUGAGGUGUCGAUUACAGGUGAGUGGGUCCCAUGGCAGUCCAAGGUUCCUCAGAUUGAAGUUGAGACACACAAGGUUGCUGCUCCUGAUGUUGUAGUACCAACCCUAGAUACCGUCCGCCAUGAAGCUUUGCUGUAUACUUGGCUAGCGGAACACAAACCCCUGGUGCUCUGUGGCCCACCAGGUUCUGGAAAGACUAUGACCCUUUUCAGUGCUCUCAGAGCCCUCCCUGAUAUGGAGGUGGUUGGACUUAACUUCUCUAGUGCUACUACCCCAGAGCUACUUUUGAAAACUUUUGAUCAUUACUGUGAGUACAGGCGUACACCUAAUGGAGUGGUGCUGGCUCCUGUGCAGCUAGGAAAGUGGCUGGUGCUGUUCUGUGAUGAAAUCAACUUGCCAGAUAUGGAUAAGUAUGGCACGCAGAGAGUCAUAUCCUUCAUUAGACAGAUGGUGGAACAUGGAGGCUUCUACCGUACAUCGGAUCAGACCUGGGUGAAAUUAGAGAGGAUUCAGUUUGUUGGAGCUUGUAACCCACCUACUGAUCCUGGAAGGAAACCGCUUUCAAAUAGGUUUUUACGCCAUGUCCCUGUGGUGUAUGUGGACUAUCCUGGACCAGCUUCACUUACUCAGAUAUAUGGAACAUUCAAUCGUGCAAUGCUGAGGCUUAUCCCAUCGCUCCGCACAUAUGCAGAACCUCUUACUGCUGCCAUGGUAGAGUUCUACACAAUGUCACAGGAAAGGUUCACCCAGGACACACAGCCACACUACAUUUAUUCACCUCGUGAAAUGACUCGAUGGGUGAGAGGUAUCUCUGAAGCCUUAAGACUAUUAGAAACCUUACCUGUUGAAGGCCUUAUUAGGAUUUGGGCACACGAAGCCUUGCGUCUCUUCCAAGACAGACUUGUGGAAGAUGAGGAGAGACGUUGGACUGAUGAAAACAUUGAUAUGGUAGCUCUGAAACAUUUCCCCAACAUAGACAAAGAGAAAGCUAUGAGCAGACCCAUCUUGUACAGCAAUUGGCUGUCAAAGGAUUAUAUCCCAGUGGAUCAGGAAGAGCUGAGAGACUAUGUAAAAGCCAGGCUGAAAGUGUUUUAUGAAGAAGAACUUGAUGUGCCACUAGUGCUGUUCAAUGAAGUUUUGGAUCAUGUGCUAAGAAUUGACCGAAUCUUCCGCCAGCCUCAGGGUCACUUGCUUCUCAUUGGAGUUAGUGGAACAGGGAAAACUACUCUCUCACGAUUUGUGGCUUGGAUGAAUGGUUUAAGUGUUUACCAAAUAAAGGUUCAUAGAAAAUACACAGGUGAAGACUUUGAUGAAGAUCUGAGAACGGUCUUCAGACGCUCUGGCUGCAAGAAUGAGAAAAUAGCAUUUAUAAUGGAUGAGUCAAAUGUACUGGAUUCUGGAUUCGUGGAAAAAAUGAAUAAUCUUCUGGCCAAUGGAGAGGUUCCUGGUCUCUUUGAAGGAGAUGAAUAUGCCACCCUUAUGACUCAAUGUAAAGAGGGAGCACAGAAAGAAGGUUUAAUGCUAGAUUCACAUGAAGAACUGUACAAAUGGUUCACCAGUCAAGUUAUUCACAAUCUCCAUGUUGUGUUCACCAUGAACCCAUCUUCUGAGGGCCUGAAGGACAGAGCAGCUACUUCUCCAUCUCUCUUCAACAGGUGUGUCUUGAACUGGUUCGGAGACUGGUCAACUGAAGCACUGUACGAAGUUGGCAAAGAGUUUACAAGCAAAAUGGAUCUUGAGAAGCCAAACUACAUUGUGCCAGACUAUAUGCCAGUUGUGUAUGAGAAGUUACCACAACCGCCAUCACAUAGGGAAGCUAUUGUAAAUAGUUGUGUAUUUGUUCAUCAGACCCUUCAUCAGGCUAACGCUCGUCUAGCAAAAUGGGGAGGCAGAACUAUGGCCAUCACACCACGUCACUAUUUGGACUUCAUCAACCAUUAUGUCAACUUGUUCAAUGAGAAAAGGAGUGAGCUGGAGGAACAGCAGAUGCAUUUGAAUGUUGGUCUUCGAAAGAUCAAGGAAACUGUUGACCAGGUGGAAGAACUGCGUAGGGACUUGAGAAUAAAGAGCCAGGAGUUGGAAGUAAAGAAUGCAGCAGCUAAUGACAAGCUGAAAAAAAUGGUGAAGCAUCAGCAAGAAGCUGAGAAGAAAAAGGUUAUGAGCCAAGACAUUCAAGAGAAGCUGCACGAACAGCAAGCAGUAAUUGCAGAUAAGCAAAUGAGUGUGAAGGAGGAGCUAGACAAAGUCGAGCCUGCUGUCAUUGAUGCUCAGAAUGCUGUAAAAUCAAUAAAGCAGCAGCAACUGGUAGAGGUCCGUUCUAUGGCCAACCCACCUGGAGCAGUGAAGCUAGCACUAGAGUCCAUCUGUCUACUAUUGGGUGAAAGUACAACUGACUGGAAACAGAUACGUUCCAUCAUUAUGAGGGAAAACUUCAUUCCAACUAUUGUAAACUUUUCUGCUGAGGAGAUCAGUGAUUCCAUCCGGGAAAAGAUGAAGAAGAAUUAUAUGUCAAAUCCAAGUUACAAUUAUGAAAUCGUAAACCGAGCAUCCUUAGCAUGUGGUCCCAUGGUAAAAUGGGCAAUUGCACAGCUGAAUUAUGCUGAUAUGUUGAAGCGAGUAGAACCCCUCCACAAUGAACUACAGAAACUGGAGGAUGAAGCCAAAGACAAUCAACAGAAAGCUAAUGAGGUAGAACAGAUGAUUCGUGAUCUCGAGGCCAGUAUUGCUCGCUACAAGGAAGAGUAUGCAGUGCUGAUUUCGGAGGCUCAAGCAAUUAAGGCGGACCUGGCUGCAGUUGAAGCAAAAGUAAACCGUAGCACUGCACUCUUGAAGAAUCUGUCUGCUGAACGUGAAAGAUGGGAGAAGACAAGUGAAACCUUCAAGAACCAGAUGUCCACUAUUGCAGGAGACUGUUUGCUUUCAGGAGCUUUUAUUGCUUAUGCUGGGUACUUUGACCAGCAAAUGCGACAGAACUUGUUCACUACAUGGUCCCAUCACUUGCAGCAAGCAAAUAUCCAGUUCCGUACAGACAUUGCAAGGACAGAAUACCUUUCCAAUGCAGAUGAGCGUCUUUGCUGGCAAGCAAGUUCUCUACCUGCAGAUGACCUGUGCACAGAAAACGCUAUCAUGCUUAAGCGGUUUAAUAGGUAUCCACUGAUCAUUGAUCCUUCUGGACAAGCCACAGAGUUCAUUAUGAAUGAAUACAAGGACCGUAAGAUCACUCGUACUAGCUUUUUGGAUGAUGCUUUCAGAAAGAACUUGGAAAGUGCACUGAGAUUUGGUAACCCUCUACUCGUCCAGGAUGUGGAGAGCUAUGACCCAAUUCUGAAUCCUGUGCUGAAUCAUGAAGUCCGGAGAACUGGAGGUCGAGUGCUUAUUACCCUGGGAGACCAAGAUAUUGACUUGUCACCGUCCUUUGUCAUCUUCCUCUCCACCAGAGAUCCAACAGUUGAAUUUCCCCCGGAUCUCUGCUCUCGUGUUACGUUUGUCAAUUUCACAAUAACUCGCAGUAGUUUACAGAGUCAGUGUCUGAAUGAGGUCCUGAAAGCUGAAAGACCAGAUGUUGAUGAAAAACGUUCUGACCUCCUUAAACUUCAAGGUGAAUUCCAACUGCGUUUGCGGCAGUUAGAAAAAUCUCUGCUACAAGCUCUCAAUGAAGUGAAGGGACAUAUUUUAGAUGACACAAACAUAACUACUUUAGAGACCCUAAAGAAGGAAGCAGCAGAGGUCACCAGAAAAGUAGAAGAGACUGAUAUUGUCAUGCAAGAGGUGGAGACUGUAUCUCAGCAGUAUUUGCCACUU